CCAUCUUUAUAUAUAUAAUUGUCCUGCCUCUGCCUCUCUCCUCUCAAAAGUCAGCGCCUUCUUUUGUCUUUCUCUAUCUCUGCUUUGUCUAACAGUAGUAGGAGAGAAGCGCGGUACAGAUUCACAGACCUUGGUCUCUAAAAGAUUUUAGAAGCCAUGGAGGUAGAUUGGGAUCUGCAUGCGGUGGUCAGAGGCUGCAACACCACUGCUGCUAACACCACCGUCACUAAUUCAGCUACUGCAUCUUUCAAGGAUGGUUUUGAUGCUCAAUCUUUGUUUUCUUCUUUUGCUACUUGUGAACAAGCUGCUCCUCUUUUUUCUUUAAUCAAUCCUUUUGAAGCGAGAAAUGCUAUCGAAGAGCUGCAUGACCUUUACAAGCCAUUUUUUCCUAAAUCUAAUCCUAUUUCACCAAAAAGUAGUGUGGUUAGUGGCAAACCCAUAUCUUCUUUUCCAUCAAUGGCUGCAUCCAGGGACCAAGCAUUCGUCAAACAACUACAACAACAGCCUAAGCGAUCUCUGGCUCCCUCUGUAACCACUUCUUCUACAACAAAUACUCCUCGAUCCAAAAGAAGAAAGAAUCAGCAGAAAAGGGUUUGCCAAGUUCCGGAAGAGGGUCUUUCUUCAGACGUUUGGGCAUGGAGAAAAUAUGGUCAGAAACCCAUCAAGGGCUCUCCUUAUCCAAGGGGUUAUUACAGAUGUAGCAGUUCAAAGGGGUGUUUGGCCCGUAAACAAGUGGAGCGACACAGAUCGGAUCCGGGUAUGUUCAUAGUAACAUACACAGCAGAGCACAACCACCCAGCACCAACUCACCGAAACUCACUCGCCGGCAGCACGCGCCAGAAACCCGUGACGCCUCAAGGCCAAACCACCACCUCCACCACCACUAGUGACUCUAACAAACCCCCUUCUUCUUCUUCUUCAGAGAAACCCACUUUCUCUUCCUCUUCUCCAACAACCUCCUUAGAAGUGGAAAAAGAGCUUGUACCUCAGAGUGCAAAUACCGAAAGGAGAGAACUAGAACUAGAUAUGCUAGAAGAUGAAGAAGAAGAAAAAAAUCUUGGGUUCUCAGACGUUGGAAUUAGUGAUGAUUUCUUUGUGGGUUUAGAAGGAUUCGCCUCUGGAGAAAAUAUUUCCGAAAAUUUUCCGGUGAAUUUCGGACUUCCUUGGGUUGCAAACAGCGCUGCUAACGACGCCGGUGGUAUCUGAUUGGGUGGACAAUUCAGCGUUAUUAAUGUUAAUGGUUUUGUUAAAUAUAAAUUAUACAGUUAUUCAGGAUCUUCUUGUAAAAAAGUAGAACCUAUUGAGUCCAUUAGCGAGUCUUGUAGAGGAAAAGAGAAUCAGUUCGUAUACCAGCAAAGCAAAGUAACAGUGUAGCUUAGCAAUGAAAUCUUUUUUUUUUUUUCAUUUAUUAUUAUUAAAAAAAAAAAAGAAAUUUCACGUUAAUUGGAUUGAUGGGCUAGUUAUCAAGAACAUGCUCAUCUGUUUUUAA